GUUUUUUCUGAAGAUUUCAUCUUUGCAUCAUCUUCGAGAGGAUCCAUCUGUGCAUUUAAGCUAUCUGAUGAUCAGCUUGAGACCCUGCACACUUGGGAAAAUGCUCAUUCAUUUGGUGGCGGGACCGCCUCUACUACUGGCAUAUCUGUUAAAGGAGACAACCUUGCAAGCGUCGGAGAAGAUGGAAGAUUGUGCAUUUUUAACAUCAAUACCAAACAAAAUAUCAAGGAAAUUGGUACUUUGAUUACAUUUUCUGUUGUCAAAAACGUUGCNCUGUGGGAUUUGAGAAAUCCUUCUAAUACACCUAGUUGUUUGCUAAUUGUAUCUCGGGAACAGAAAACUGUAACUUGCUUGAAUACACAUCCAACUCAGCCUCAUAUUUUGGCCACUGGAUAUGAGGAUGGAUCACUUUGCAUGUGGGAUAUGAGACACGAGAAGAAGCCGAUGUCACUCAUGGAAGCUCACACGGCGGCUGUGUCAGAACUGCUGUUCCAUCCAAUUAAUCCAGAUUUCCUCUAUACCUCAUCUAUAGAUGGUACAUUGUGGCAAUGGGAUUCAACCAAAAUGAAGAAUAACUUGACUGCUGUGAAAACAGUAAAAAAUCCUAAUGUCG